GGCGAGGCGGCGGGCGGCGGCGGGGAGAGCAACGGCCUGGAGAAGGGCUACCCGCGCCCCGCCGAGGACGACUCGGCCUCCCCGCCCGGCGACCCGGAGCGCGGCGGGGGCGGCGGCGGCGAGGAGGAGAAGGCGGGGGCGGCGCCCGUGGACUGCGUGGUCUGCGGGGACAAGUCGAGCGGGAAGCACUACGGCGUCUUCACCUGCGAGGGCUGCAAGAGCUUCUUCAAGCGCAGCAUCCGCCGCAACCUCAGCUACACCUGCAG